AGUUAAUACAGUAGUGGGGUAGCGUCGCGACGGUCGUCUCUUACUCAGUGGACGGCAGCAUGUGGUGGUGGCUGCUGCUUGUGGCAUUGGUAACAGCUAAACGCGCACCGACCCAUCAGGAACCUGUCAUCGAAGAGGUCAAUGCCAAGCAGCUGGAACGUUUACUAGACGAAAAGGAUUAUGUGGCUGUGUUCUGGUAUGCUCGUAGCUGUACCACUUGCGACCAUGUUCUACAAGAGCUGGAGAAAAUCGACGAUGACACCGACACCUUUGGGGUAGAUUUCGUGAAAAUCAACGAUAAACGAUUAGCUAAACAGUAUGGUAUCAAAAAUUUCCCUGCGCUCACCUAUUUUAGAGAGAAAGAACCUAUUAUUUAUGAAGGAGAUUUAACGGAAGAGCAAGAUGUGCUAGAAUUCCUGACGAGCUUAGAGGCCAUGGAUCUUCCAGAUCGCAUUGAAGAAGUCAACGGGCGCAUUCUGGAUAAAAUCGUUCAAGAAACAGACUUUGUUGCCGUAUUAUUUUGUCCAGAUACGUCUUCUUGUCCGAGAGUGGGCGUUUCUAAACCGGAGUGCAAAAAGUGCACUAAGGUGCUUCAAGAAUUGGAAAACAUCGACGACGAAGCCGACCAAUUGGGAAUAGGGUUUGUCAAAAUUCACGAUGAAAAUCUCGCCGAAGAAUACAACCUUGGUGAUCUUCCCGCGUUAGUUUACUAUCGCCAUCAAAUUCCCAUUAUUUACGAAGGGGAAUUGACAAGAGAAGAGGAUGUGCUUGAAUGGCUUGUGCAGCACAAAAGUACCGGCGACGAGGAAGACAUUAUUGAAGACGUAACGGCGAAAACACUAGCAACCCUUAUUAACAGUGUAGACAACCUAGUAGUACUGUUUUAUGACCACGGCGAUAAAGAAUCAAUGUUGAUCCUGGAUGACUUGGAGACAAUUGACGACGAUUGCGACAAGAUCGGAAUGCAGUUUGUAAAAAUUGACGAUGAAUCGGCAGCUCAAGAAUUUGGUUUAGAUUCCCUUCCUGUAAUUGUUUAUUUCGAAAAGGGCCUACCUAAUGUGUAUGACGGAGAUUUGAAGAAAGAAGAAGUACUACUCGAAUGGUUGGUGCAUCAGAAGGAGAAAGACGAAAUAGAGGACGUGACUGACGAAAUGUUAGACAAAUUAAUAAAAAGUAGCAAGGCUUUGGCAGUGUUGUUUUAUGACGAUGACGACCGAAAGUCUCAGCGCGUUCUCAACGAACUAGAAAACAUCGACGAUGAAUGUGAUCAGCUUGGUAUUGUCUUUGUCAAAAUCGACAACGAGGACGAAGCUCUUGAGUACGGUAUAGAAAAAGUUCCCGCUCUAGUUUACUUUGAAAACGGAAUACCGACUUUAUAUCAAGGUAACUUAGAAGAAGAGGAACAAGUUCUGAAAUGGUUUGAACGGCAAACAAAAGAGGAUGAGAUUGAAGACGUUACUGACGAAAUGCUCGAUCUGAUCAUAAACAAAUUUCAGCACGUCGCAGUGUUAUUUUAUGACAGGGAACAGAAGAAGAGUCAAAAGGUACUGGCCGAACUGGAAAACAUUGACGACGAAUGCGACAGUAACGGUAUAGCAUUCGUCAAGAUUGAUGAUUCGGCAGAAGCUAAGGAAUACGGGAUCGACAUAAUACCGAGCUUAGUUUUCUUUGAGAAAAGAAUUCCUUGUAUGUACGAGGGAGAUCUUCUUAAAGAGGAGGAACUUUUAGGUUGGCUAAUUCAUCAGAAGAAACACAGUGAGAUUCCCUCAGUCACAGAUGAAAUGAUGGAUCAUCUCAUAGAAACUGUCGAGUUCUUAGCCGUAUUAUUUUAUGAUAAGGACGAUAAGCAAGACAUUAGAGUACUGAAUGAAUUGGAAAAUAUCGACGACGACUUGGAAAAAGAAGGAAUAGUUAUAGUACGCAUUGAUAAUAAGGAAGAAGCUAAGGAAUAUGGAAUAGAUCAUUUACCUACAUUACUCUACUUUGAAGAGAAAAUUCCAGCUUUGUAUGAAGGAGACCUCAUGAACGAAGACGAGGUACUCAGAUGGUUGAUUGAACAGAAAACUACAGCUACAAUAGAAGAGGUUACAGAUGAAAUCUUAGAAGAUCUUAUAGAGGAACACGAAUACGUGGUGGUCUACUUUAGUGGGCCAUGCGACGAAGGGCAAGAAUGCGAUAAUAUCCUUGACGAAUUGGAAAACAUAGAUGAUGAAUUGGAUGAAAACGGCAUCGUUUUCGUUACUACGGAAGAUCAAGUCAUCGCUAAAAAGCACGGUAUUAAAACGUACCCUAAGUUGGUACUUUUCCGAAAUAAAGAACCGCUAAUGUACACUGGCGACAUUAACGAUGAAGACGAGGUGUUAGCUUGGCUUACAGACGAGAACACGUUGGAAAUACCAGACCGUAUAGAAGAAGUGAACACCAAAAUGUUAGAUAAAAUGUUGGCUGAAAAUGACCACGUGGUUGUAUUCUUUUACAAAGAAGGCGAUAAAAAAUCACAAAAAAUUCUGCAAGAAUUGGAAAACAUCGAUGACGAAUGUGAGGAGCAGGACGUAGACUUCGUGAAGACUUCCGAUCAAGGAAUCGAGAAAGAAUACGAUUUGCCAAAUUUACCGGCCCUCGCAUUUUACAGGCACCGGUUUAGGGAAUUCUACCCCGGAGAUUUAAUGCACGAAGAAGCAAUUUUGGAGUGGGUUCUUGAUCUCCAACACACCAACCCUGACGUAAUCGAAAAUGUUGACCGAAAAACUUUGCAAGUGUUGAUCGAUGAUGUAGAGCAUUUGGCGGUUUUCUUUUAUGACGAUAAAUGUGGGGAGGAGUGUAACGAAAUCUUGGAAGAAUUGGAAACUAUCGACGAUGACACAGACAAGCAUAACAUACAAUUUGUUAAAUCGAAAGAUUCCAAGCUUGCCGCAGAGAUUGGAAUAUUUAGCUUCCCAGCCUUGGUGUAUUACGAAACAGGUGUUCCAAUCAUGUACGAUGGAAAUUUAUUAGAUGAAACAGAAGUAUUAGAAUGGAUGAUGGCACAGAAGAACGACGAAAGUAUAGAAGAAAUUAAUAGAGAUACGCUUUUUAAAUACAUAGACACAAAGGAAUUCUUAGCGGUUGUCUUUUAUAAAGAAGAAGAUCCGAAAAGUCCCAAAAUACUGAGACAUAUUGAACUUAUCGACGACGAAGCGGCGGAAUACGGAAUAAAAAUUGUUAAAAUGAAAGAUAGGCUCAUGGCGAAGAAGUACGGAUUUAGAGAUCCGCCAGGUUUGAGUUAUUUCCGUAAAGGGAAAGUUAUCAAUUACGAUGGGGACAUUGACGAUGAAGAAGAAAUUUUGGAUUGGUUAACAGAUCCGGAAAAUAUGGAACUGACGGAUCAUAUAGAAAAGAUUAAUAGGAAAAUGUUUGAAAAGAUUCGCCAACGAACCGAUUACGUCGCUUUAUUUUUAUAUAGUAGCGAUUGCAAACAAUGUCCCAAAGUUCUUCAGGAGGUCGAGCAUAUUGAUGACGAAGCCGAUGCGGCGGGGAUCAAUUUCGUUAAAAUUGACGAUAAGAAAAUGGCUAAGGAGUUGGGCGUUUUCGCAUUACCAUCAAUUUUGUUCUUCAAAAUGGGUUCUAAAGAUCCCGUAAUUUACGCGGGAGAUCUCUAUGACGAACAGCAAAUAUUGCAAUGGUUGCUUACACAAAAGGAUCCGUCUGGAGACGUCAUUGAGUCGAUGGAAGGAGAUAGUUUGCGUGAUCUUAUAGAGAACGAGGAAGCUGUAGCUGUUUAUUUCUGGAACAAGACAUUAUGUGACAGUUGCAAUGCCCAAGAACAGAAACGCAAAUCUAAGCAUCGAGUCGCAUCAGAAGAGCACCCGGCACCCGUGGCCCAUGAUGGAGACAUGUGCGAGCAAUGCGGAAGAAUACUGGACGAGUUAGAAAACAUAGACGAUGACUGCGAAAAACACGGAAUUAUGUUUGUGAAAACGCAAGAUUUUAAAAUAGCAGAAAGAUACGGCGCUACCGAUUUUCCAAUUUUAAUUUAUUUUGAAAACGGCAUCGGAAGUAUGUUUGAAGGGGAUCUGAGUGAAGAGGAGGAAGUACUGCAAUGGUUAAUACAGCAACGCACCGAGGAUCGAAUCGAGCUGAUCACGAGGGUGAUGUUGGAAAGUUACGUGGAAGAUACGCAAUAUUUAGCAGUAUAUUUCUACAAACAAAAUUGCCAUGUUUGUGAACAAAUAUUGGAAAAUUUAGAAAAUAUUGACGACGAAUGCGAUGUUUAUGGCAUUCAUCUAGUACGCAUUCAGGAUCCCCAACUAGCAAAGCGAUACAGCAUCAAAACGUUCCCGGCGUUGGUUUACUUCAGAAAUGGAAAUCCCUUACUUUUCGAAGGUGAUUUGCAAAAUGAACAGUCGGUUCUCGAGUGGUUGGUUGACGACGACAACCGCGAAUUGGCAGAUGAAAUUGAGUCUGUAAAUGAGAGAAUGUUGGUACGUCUACUAAACGAGUCACCCCUUCUGGCAGUUUUCUUUUAUGAAGAGGAUUGUCCCGAAUGUGAUGAAAUUUUAGAACAGUUGGAAGAAAUCGAUGGCGAAGCUGAUUUGUUUGGAAUAGACUUUGUCAAAAUUUGCAGCGCAGAGGCAGCUGCGACACACGGUUUACAUAGCUUGCCCGCUUUGAUAUAUUUCCGAAAACAAACUCCCAUGAUUUAUGAUGGGGAUUUAACACAGGGUGAUCGAGUUCUCGACUGGUUAACUUCGCAAGAUGUAUUUGAAAUAAAGAAUGAAAUUGAAGAGGUAAAUCGGAAAAUGUUAGACAAGCUGUUGGACGAAAAUGAAUUCGUUGCAGUAUUCUUUUAUGAAGCACAUUCUGAAGAAAGUAAAGUGAUUAACGAGAAAUUGGAAAAUAUCGACAGCGAAACUGAUAAUUUCGACAUAACAUUUGUCAAAAUGUCAGAUUCGAGAUACGCCAGAAAGUGGGGAGUUACACAACUUCCAGCUAUCGUAUACUUUAGAAAACGUUUCCCCAGCAUCUUCAGAGGCAAUCUGCAUUCGGAAACUGAUGUUUUAGAAUGGUUACGUAAAAAUCGAUUCAGACAACCAGAAUUGAACUUAUUUAUGUAUGUUCUGGCGACCAUAACGGUAGCGUUCGUCACCUACACUGCCUUUUUACUUCAAUGUUUCAAGCCCCAACCGACCCAAGUUGUAGUCAAUGCGAAACAACCAUAGCAUUGCGCGCUUUUUUACCGAUAUUUGUUCAUGAGUGAAUGUAGAGCGACUGUAUUCAUUGCUUUGUAAAUAUCUACCCACGGAAGAGAGGAUGAUUUAUGAAUGCGAAUACCAAUUACAUUUACACUUCCGCAAAAUUGCACCUAUACAGCAUGGUCUUCUAGUAUACGCUUUGUUGCAUCUAAACAAAAUAAAGGGCAUAAUGAAGCACGUUCAAUAAGUUUUGCACAUUUAUUCACCUCGAUUAGAAUAAACUAUGUUGAUAUAUACAAUCAUUCCCGAGGAAGAUAAGAUCACUGUAAUAGUAGAUAAGAUCACUGUAAUAGUAAGAUUUAGAAUUAAAGUUUAAUUUGUAAAUGUACAUAUGUAGAAAUAAAUUGUUAUGUUAUAUAAA